AAUUCUACAGUUGCUUCAGCUCUUUUAUUGCUUUUUUACUUGGCGAUAAGCUCUUUUUGCCAUGCCGCCAGGAACAAUAAACCGUCCCAACCCGAAGGCGCUUAAAGUGCGCCGAGAGAAGAUUCGCACGAAGAAGAAGCUAAGCUCUGCAGCAGAGAAGCACAAGACCCAGGUGAACCUGUUGAAGGCGAGGAACCCGAAGCGCGAGCGCAAGCUUGCAAAACGCAAGGCCGCUUUGGAGCGGGCGGCAGCGGCGGAGCAGCCGGAGAAGGAUGUUAUGGUAGAUGCUAAGCCAGACAAGGCUGGGAAAAAGAAGGCAGCGAAGGCGUCUACUGCUGGCGAAGAGGAUGUCAUGCAAGAGUGAGCAGCUGCUUUAAGACCGGCGGUGUUACAUUCCGCCGAGUACCGCCGAAGCAACGGCGGCUGCCCGGCCACUUUGCAAAGCGCCAAGUGCAGCGGCGACCCACCACCAACACAUGAUGCCGACCCAACGAACGACUGAGGCCACUUUCGAACGAGACAUCCAUAGUGUCAAGUCUGUAUUCCAAGCCAGCGUGAUGCUCCCCAAAAUUACCCCCCGUCCUGCGGGGGUAGACUGAGGGUGAAACCCGGUGGCGGCCUACGGCCCUAUUGAGCCCCCCGCCGCACUCCUUGUAACAACCAAGCCAAGCUCCAG